ACAUCCUCAACAUCAUCUGUUGCCACAGGCCGAAAACAGACACCCACAGACACCAUGGCCUUUCUCAACCCCGUCCAUGGACUCGUUGUCCCCUUCCUCUGCCUCUUCACCAUUCCCAUGGCCAUCUUCGCUAGUAUCACCUCCGCCCUCGCCUUCUCUCUGCUCAUGUUCCGCGUCGCCAUCGUCUACGUCGACAUAGCCAUGGCAUUCGUCCCCCAGUUCAUCAAAGGCCGUCACUACCAUAGCAUCACUGACGGCGAACUUCUUACUCCACGCCGUCUAUCCUCUAGUAGCACAGGCAGCGUCGGAAACAGAGCCGGGGACAGUGAGGACAAAUCGCCCUUAGCCGUCGUCUCCCCCUCCCCUUACUACCACAACGGUUACGACUCCCACCAACGGAGUCCCCUCCGCCGUAAGAGCAGCUACGGCUUUGGCACCGUUCGUCGCUCUCGCCGCUCUAGUCAAGCAUCCAUCUCUCCUACCAUCGCCUCCAUCCGGGAAGACGCCGAGAUGGUCCCCCCUCUGCCCGAGACCGGCGGGCUGGCUCCCUCGGUCGGUAUCCAGCGAGACUUUGAAGGAGUAGGUGGGUGGAGACUGAACGACAGCAACGACGACGACGACGCCUGGCAGAACAUUAACUCACGCCUGGAACUGCCGAUGGAAAGGUGCUCCAGCUUUGUGGGUCGGUACCACCACAGUCUGAGCCAUCGAUCGCAUAGUGCUGGGCCGUCGCAAUCGUUGGAGGCGGGUUGGAUGGGGGGAAGUACUAAUGGUAGAAAGGGGACUUUGAGAAAUGGAAAUGGCACAGCUGGAUCGGGACAUUGUGCCGAGACGCAAACGAAUUGGCAUGGUACGGGUGCCAGGGCGAAUAAGAGCGCUUUUGGGAGCAUUUCGAAGAUGGCGCUGCCGCCGGGGGAUAGGAGGAACAAUCACCGUAAUGGAAACGGGGUGUCGCCGAUGGGUAUGGGGAUGUGGGAGAAGGAGCAAGAGUACUUUGAUGGGUUCACUUCUCAGAAAGGGAAGUGGAGGCCUAUGGCCUGAAUAAUCAUCAUGUCCUGUUUGUUUAAUUUUGCUGAUCUGGACAAUGACGGUAUACGUAAUCAGGGUCGCCUUUUUUUUUUCUUUUCAACAGAUACUGUACAGACACUGUUAUGACAAGUUACAAGGAUAGAACAAGGCUGUGUAUUAGCGAAAAGCGACAAUAAAGCAGAACAUACUUCAAUAU